UUGAUCAGACAUAUAUUCUCACACUAACGUGAUUAGGUCGAUACAUAAUAAUAAUCUAAAUCAAUUUGAACAAGAAAAAAUCACAUGUUUUCAUAAAGCAUAAGCCUGGUCCGUGAUUUAUGAUACUUUAGAACCACCACAAAAACAAUAACACAGCUAGCUGUAGGAAAAACUAAAACACCCAUGUCACAUUUAAGACAACAACUAUACAAUCAAGGUCAUUUCGGUAUUUUUCUCCAAACUCUUCUCAAUCUCGAUAGCUUCAUCGUUCUGGUCGGCACAAUUGAAAUCGAAGUUGUUCUCUUCUCUUCCUUAAACUACAAGGGCAAAAGAGUGUAUAAUCUUGGGAUGGGAUCCAGGGACCAAAAGGUAAAAUGGAGUUGGAGCUCAGCCUUAAUCGGAGCAGUAUCAGCAACAGCAGCAGCUUCACUCCUCAGCGCCAAGCCAAAAGAUCCAAAGUUCCACCUUAUCUCCAUAGACCUCACCUCACUGAAAUUUAACCUCCCUAUCCUCGAUGCAGAGCUAAUGCUUACCGUACACGUCACUAACCCUAACAUCGCACCCAUCCAUUUCUCCUCCACCACCAUGACGAUCCUCUACGAUGGCACGGUUCUUGGCUCGGCAGAGGUCAAGGCUGGCUCGCAGCCGGCGAGAUCUUGUCAGCUACUCCGGCUACCGGCGCGUCUGAACGGGAUGGAGCUUGCGCAACACGCGCGGCAGUUCUUUUCUGACGUGGCGAAGAGAGAGAUGAAACUUGAGGCUAAGCUUACGAUUGAAGGAGCGGCUAAGGUUAUGUGGUGGGAUCAUAGUUUUAGGGUCCACGUGGAUAGUUUCGUUACCGUUGAUCCUGUCUUUCUUGAUGUUAUUGGUCAAGAGAAUAAGUCUCAGAUGGAUCUGUUUCUUACUUGAAGUUAAUUUAAUUGUACCAUUUUUAGAUU